AUGAGUAACGAACAGCACAGCAUCUGGCCAGAAACAAGUCGUUCUUCUCACACUCGUCGUACCACUCCCGUCUGCUUGGGCCUGAUUCUUGGAGCAUUACUUUCCGGAAUUACUUUUGCAACAUUUCUCACCUUGUAUUUACGUAAGGCAGUCCCAAUAAUCGAAACUUCAACACAUUUUACAAAUACUUCUACUGCCGCAACAACAACAGCAACUACUACUAUCGCAAUAUUCAACGUUAAUUUGAUUACCAAUGGCAAUGGUGAAACCGGCACCUGUUCACUCGCCAAUGAAACGGCCAGUCCGCCGGGAUGGAAUGUCAGCGGUCCUAUCUCACAAAUAUAUUAUAACAACACUUUUUUUGGCGACCAGAGCUCGACAAUUAUACCGCAGAAUGAACGUGGUCUUUGCUAUAUUAUGGGUUAUCAAUCCGCGAUGACAUCCAUGUGGCAAACUAUUAAUUUAACUAAUCAAGUGGACUCUGGUCUUCUUGACAGUCAAACAGUGAAAUUUAAUCUAUCAGCAUGGCUUGGUGGUAUCACUGUUCAGAACGAUAGUGCUGUGAUCGAUUUAACGUUUCUUGAUCAAAAUAACCAAAUGGUUGGUAGCAUCGCUCGCAUUGGACCUGUACUUGCUGCUGAUCGAGGAAAUAUAUCUUCGUUUAUCCCGAAACAAACAUCAGGAUUCGUACCCUCCGGUGCUCGAUCAGCGACAGUUCUGGUGAACAUAACGCGAUAUACUGGAACGAACAAUAAUGGUGAUGUUGAUAAUAUGAACUUUUAUUUGUAUCAAUAA